UUGUUUUUUUUAAACUGCGCAACUCUCCAAGGGGACUCAAUCACAGAAAGGCUACUGGGCGGAGCAUGCACGUGGCUUCCUGUUUGUGCCGGAACGAUUCUGAUUCGCUCUGAAUGUCGGGAUCCUCUUUGGGAGAACGUCGUGUCGUCAGGACCGACUAGGGGCGGAGCGGGGGAAAGUGUGGCAGCACCGACUGGAAGAUGAGUUUCAAGAGGCUCCCCGAUCUGCUCCAGAGAGGCAGGAAAUAUUUUCUCCAGGUACCAUUAAGUUCAUCUCGGCUUCAGCCUUUGUACCUUCUAUGGUGUCAUAAGAAGUCAACAUCUGUCGGGCAAAAGGACUCUGUUGAUUCUUCAUCAGUGACUGAGAAUUUUAAAGAAGCCACACAUGCAAUAGACGACUUGUAUUCCUCUGAGCAGAGAUCUACUGUCUUGCAGCUGCUCAAUUCAGCAUCUGAGGAAGAACUUUCUUCUGUGAAACUAAUGCGAGGAAGAAAAUCUAUUAAUGUAAUAGAAUACAGGAAUGAACAUGGACCGUUUCAGGAUUUGCAGAGUUUGCUACAAGUGCCUCAGUUUCAGUAUAAAACAGCUGUUAAAGUGUGCAACUUUAUUCUCAAUCCCCUUGCAAAACAAGAAAGAAAAGAGAAGAAAACACACAGUGCUACGUCUGCAAUGAAAUUUAUCAAACCUGAAAUAGAAAGAGAGAAGUUAGAGACUGUCAAUAGCAUCGUAUCCAUUGUUUUUGGUACCCGGAAAAUUGCAUGGGCUCAUGUUAAUAGACAAUUAGGUGUUCAGGACUGGCAACAACAAGAAUGCACUGUGUUUAUGAAAGGAGCCUAUAUGCCAACAAUGUAUCUUGAAGAGCCUUUUCCCCCAUUUCAGAUCUCAUCUGUGGUAUCCAAGAUUCCUAAAGCAGAUUUUUAUGUUUUGGAAAAAAGUGGACUUUCUACACUGAAUGCAAGUUUGUUUCCUGUGGUGUUACAUCUCCGUACAGUGGAAGCGAUGCUCUAUGCAUUGUUACAUAAAACGUUUUCACACGACAGCCAGCACGUAGUGCUCAGUAUGGCUCGAAGUGCUGUAGGAAAACAUUUUGGGCUGAUGGUAGGGGAUACACGAACAAGUGGAAUAGAGCUUGUGAAACAGCUUCUCUUAGAGGCAGUCACACAAACUGAGCCCUCUGUGAGUUUUCCACGAGACAAAGUGGGCAGUUACAGAAGCUUAUUGUCAUUAAACAAACAGUGGCGAGAUGAGGAACUGUGCGAUUCAUUGCUACAAGCAGUAGCCUUUUUUGAGCUACUAAUACUGAACAAUACAACUUAGUACUUAACCAGUAUUAUUGGACACCAUCUUGAGGUUACUGCCCUGUGUGAUUUUUUGAAAAUGCAGUAACUUCUGAUUUUAACCUAUACAUUGUAUAAUUAACAGUAUCUCUGUGUGUCUUCUGCUCAGAGAACACAACAAUAGCCAUAUUAUUGUUGAAAGCAACGAAGACGAGUUUGUAAAAUAAACAGUUCUGGCAUACA